CAAAUGAGGAGGGGCAAAGCCGUGACACCCGUCUCUACCUUCUCCAAGCCAAAUGAAGGUCUCCUCUUUCUUCCCCGUUUCGGAGGGCGAACGCCAAGCCUACGAGGAGCAAGAGGCGGCGCUGCUUUAAUAUCUCUCACACUAUCCCUUUUCUUCUUCUUUGGUUCCAGGUAUCGCUUUAUCCCUCUCUCUUCUUACCUCGUUCAUCGGAUAAAAUCCCUUUUUUUUUUGUUUGUCCCCUCGGAUGGCGAGGAACCCGUGCCCCGACAGUAAAAAGGGCUCCUUUCUUUUCCUUUCUCUUCAUUUCCUUUCUUUUCUUCUCCCCCUGCACUUCGUAGAAAGGGAAAGAUUUUGAUCCUAUUUCGAUGUUGAUGAGGUGAAGGACAGUGAUGGGUUCAUCCCCCGUUCGUUGAAUGGAACUCAUGUUGCUUUUUCCUCUAUUAGACUUUGUUUUCUUGAUGUUUUUCUUUUACGAUUUGAGGAGGAUUUUGAUCGGAGUGAGGAAGCCGAGUGGAGCUUGGAAGAUUCAAUGGGGAUGGCCGUAGGACUCAAGAGGGCCCGCUGCUGGUGCUUCUGUGAUGGAUUUGGAGGGAUUCUGGGAUCCAUGUUCUGGUCGUCGAGGUUUCUUUGAUUGAGGUUCUUUUCAGAUUGAAGGAUUUGGGGUUGAAGAUUUGAUCGUUCGGUGGUUGUAUUGUUGAGUGGAAUUGGAAGAAAUGGAGGAAGACUUCAGUUCUUGGGUCAGGAGGGCGAAGUUUUCUCAGACUGUUUAUCACCGGUCGAAUCCUUCAAGGUUGCCUGUGGUUCGUGAUUGUGAUUUGGAUUUGAAGCCAAGGAGCUUGAGUCUAGAAUUGAAGAACAGGAGUUCAUGUUUGGAAUUGAAACCAAGGAGCUCGAGUUUGGAUUCAUCUAGCUCUGCGAUUCCAUCAUCGGCACAACUCAAUUCUGACCUGGGACUCAAGCCAAAGGUGUCGGUUUUAGAGUCUUCAAAUGGGCCUUGGAUCCAGUUCUCUGUCCAACCUGAUGACGAGCCAGUUUUGAAAGCGAAGAGCUUUAGUUCAGGUCCAUCUGUGCUGUCUAAUCCAUCUCGGGUACGACUGGGACCAAAAACAUUGAAUACAAGCUUGGAAUCUCCUAAUUUGCUGUCAGUUCCAUUCUCUUUCCAACCAGAUGGUAAUCCCUUAGAUUUACGCUAUUCUGAUUUCUCUUUCUGUCCCGACAGACAACCUGACUCGAAUCUGAAGAACUUGGAGUCUGGUAAGGUUUCUAUAUCUUCUGGGAGAGCUAUAACAAAUAAUAAGUCUCCAGAAUCUAGCUUGUUUACUAAUGGCAACAAGCAGAAUUCUAAACCCAAGCAGAGGUCAUCAUCUCCUCUUCCGACUACCAUUUUGUCUGAUGUUUUUAAAGAAGCUAGAUCAAUUGGAAAGAGAUUCUCCAGCCCACCACCUAGCAGAAAAAAUUCUAAUAAGCCCCUUCAGAGGUCAAUUGGAAAGAGAUUCUUAAGCCCACCACCUAGCUGGAAAAAUUCUAAUGAGUCCCUUCAGAGUCAUAGAUUCACUUUGCCAUCACCUCCAAAAAUGAGUGCUUUUCAGCAUUUGUCUUCAAUUAAAGCCUCUGAGAACUUGAAGACUACUUCGAAUUCUAACAUUUCAGGUUCAAGCAUGGUUUCUAUCUAUUCCAGGAGGACUAAAACACUUCCUGCUUCUCAUAAUUCUGUUCUAUUGACUAAUAGUAGGAACACUAAACCCAAGCAGAGGUCAAAAUCUCCUUUUCCCACUACUGUCCUCAAUGAUGUCUUUAAAGAAGCUAGAUCCAUUGGAAAGAGAUUUUCUACUCCACCUCCUAGCAGGAAGAGAGCUGAUAAGACCCACGAGCAUCAUAAGCUCACUUCCUCAUCACCUCUCAAUCCGAGUCCUCUUUGGCAUUUGUCUUCAGUUAAAGCCUCUGAGAAGUUGAAGAGCAGGAAGGACUCUUCUUGGGCAAAAUAUUUUGAUCAUGGAGGAGGGAGAGUUGCUGCCUUGGAGACCAUGGAGAAAUGGACAGUUGAUCUCUCCAAAUUGUACGUCGGGCUUCGAUUUGCCUCUGGAGCUCAUAGCAGGCUAUACCACGGUAUUUAUAAGGAUCAGUCUGUUGCUGUGAAAAUUAUCAGGCAACCUGAUGAUGAUGAAAAUGGAGUGAUGGCUGCACGAUUGGAGAAGCAGUUCACUAGGGAAGUCACCUUUCUGUCUCAUCUUUAUCAUCGAAAUGUGAUCAAGCUGGCAGGGGCAUGCAAAAAUCCACCAGUCUUUUGCAUCAUCACAGAAUAUCUAUCGGGAGGUUCUUUGAGAGCAUUCUUGCACAAACUUGAGCACAAAUCCCUUCCUUUCCCAACGCUGAUUGCAAUUUCUUUGGAUAUUGCUCGUGGAAUGGAGUAUAUUCACUCACAAGGGGUCAUCCACCGUGAUUUGAAACCUGAGAAUAUUCUAUUCGAUCAAGACUUUCGUGUAAAAAUUGCUGAUUUUGGAAUAGCAUGUGAGGAAGCAUAUUGUGAUGCAUUAGCUGAGGACCCUGGCACUUAUCGCUGGAUGGCACCUGAGAUGAUCAAACACAAAGCUUAUGGGCGGAAAGUUGAUGUUUACAGCUUUGGAUUACUGUUAUGGGAGAUGGUGACAGGAACUGUCCCUUAUGAAGACAUGACGCCUAUCCAGGCUGCUUUUGCAGUGGUUAAUAAGAACCUGAGGCCGGUCAUUCCUGCGAACUGUCCAGCACCCUUACAAGGCUUAAUUGAGCAAUGUUGGGCUCUGCAUCCAGAGAAGAGGCCUCAGUUUUGGCAGAUAGUGAAGGUCUUAGAGCAGUUUCAAUCUGCCUUUGCUUGUGAUGGAACACUCGACGGGCUUCACAACUUGACCAACCAGAAUGACAAGAAGCCGCCGUUCCAUUGGAUCCAAAAGCUCGAACCCUUGCAUGUUCAAACUGCUGUAGAAUCUCUCCCCUGAAUCAACUAAGUAGCUUUUCUGCCUUUGUAAUUAUAUCGUCUUUUAUUAUACCUUCCAACAGAAUAGAGCUGCAGGUUGCUUUCAGAAAAUUUUUAAGUAAACAGCUGGUUCUGCCGAACAAGCCAUCACUGGUUUUGGACACACAACAUAUCCAUAGUAUUUGUGUAAGGAAACAGAUUCUGUUUCAUGUUAGUUCUCAGUCUGUCUGCCCUCAAGAGGUUUCUAACUUCGUUGUUUGUAUAUGUCAAAGAAUUCAUAGUUACGGGGA